AUGAACUCGUCAGUAGAAUGUCCAGAUACCUCCGCUCUCACCCCAGGAUCCUCGGGCGAGAUACUCGGCCCCACAGUGCUUUUCUGGAUGGUUUGCUUCGCAAUCAACUCGAUGACCCAGCCCACGGGCCGGGUGCUGGGAAUUCCGUACGAUCACCCCUCCAUACUUCGAAGCUCACCAAUCAUUUGUGCUUUUGACGCUAUUGAGGUACUCGCUGAGUGGGCGUCCCUCGCCUUCAACCCCUCGAGCCCCAUGACAUUGGGCGUGGCCGCGUUCCAUCUCGUACACCACCGCACCCGCGAUGCGCCCAGCGCUCAUGAUGCGGUGCAGGCGAUAAAACGGAUCAAAGAACAAACCCAAUUCCGCUGGGCGACGUUCUUAAUCGGCACUGUUCCUCAGUACAUCAAGCUAUUUGCUAGCAGAGGGACUCCAUUCUCGACCGCUUUUGGCACUAUGUACCUCGCCUCGUGGUUGCUGUUCGAGGCCCUGUUUUGGGCCGCGCCAAUAGACAGUUUAUCCGUCUAUGCUGUUCCUGCUAUUCCGCAGUUUAAGCGGGAUUGUGUAAGACGCAUUUGGGCUCGCACGGCUACCGUCUGCAGUGCCAUUGUUUACUAUGCACCAUACGUAUUCCUGGUAUUUGUCUUGAAUCACAGGCCAGACGAGUACCUGGAACCCAGCGGCUGGGAGGAUUUUCGAGUUGGGCCAGUGAUGGGCGCAACAAGCUUCAUCUUUCCCUGUGGCGGGUUGGGAUUCUGGAGCUGCUUCUGGUGGGAAGAGACCUGGACCGCACUUCGAACGCGCCAACUAUCUAGGCGAGAAGUCUUCCUGUGGGGAGCUUUCAUCUUGGUUUCGGUGUCUACGACGUCUUUGACUGUGUAUGCGGUCUUUGUGGACCUGGAUAAAUUCGCCGAGGUCCCGAGCAUGAUUCGAAUGAUCACGUUUCUGUCCGUUGGCGGCCUGGGGUCCCUGCUCGCUGGUAUUGCCUUUGUUACCCGGAGGGAACUGUGGGGUAUGGACUCGUUCGACAUCAUGAGACUCGCUGCUAUGAUUCACCUGCCGGUGUUGUAUUACUGUCUUUUUUAUGAUCCCGCAGAUACCCAUCAGCCGUCCUGGCUGCAGUGGCUUGGAUAG